AUGCACGAGACGAAUGACUGUCUUGUGGAGAGCGGCUACUUUCGUCGUGUCAUUUCUCAAAGCCCCUUUACACAACACAAGAGAUGGUAUGGUGUUCCAGACCAACUAGUCUUACCUAGGGUGUGCCCCAUCCGUCUGGGUACCAGUGCCAGUUUCGACCGACCGACCAUAGACUUCCAAUACAUGCCACUAGAUAUGGUGGCUGAUGAGAUCAGAAUCAUGUGUAUCAUGCCUGCCCAGGAUGCACAUGCGCCUAUAGUCAUUCAUGUGGCGCAUUGUCCGAUUGACACUGACGAACACUAUCUUGCUCUCUCCUACUGUUGGGGCGUGGAUGAUACUCAGGAGCAAAUUAUAAUGGCAGGACAAAAGAUGACAGUCCGCAGGAACCUCGCUGAAGCUAUUCGUGCCGUAAGAAACCCCAAAGUCAUCGUACCAGUGUGGAUAGAUGCUUUAUCAAUCAACCAAAAAGACUUGACUGAGCGCGCUCGGCAGGUGCCGCGCAUGGGGGAGAUAUAUGACCUUGCCAUCGCAGUCUUCUCAUAUAUCGGAAAUCCCACCGCGGAGAGUGAGUCAGUAUUCUCUUUUAUAAAAGAACUCUUCAAGCACCCAAUCGUCCGCAAAAAUAAGUCCAACGAGUUUCAUUUCCCAUCGGAAGUCGUUCUACGCGGUCAAAGCGACGACAACGAGAAUACCAUUAAGCCUGAUCAAUUUGCAAAGCUAUGUGCUGGCCUAUACAAGCUUUUGACUAGGCAAUACUUCCGGCGGAUAUGGAUGUUGCAGGUAAUUUCUGAAGCUUAA